GGUGCGUUCAUCGCUUCCUUACGAGAACCUGCAUCAGUCUGUCCUCAAAGCUACACGUGUGCGUUCAUCGCCGCCGCCUUUACGGAGUGGCUACCUGCAUCGGGCAGUUCCUAGAGGCUAUGCUUAUGGUCGAGGCGAGGCGAGGCAGCAAGUGACCCACCCACCAGCCUGGCAUCCAUCCACCACCCCAGCCGCGCCCUCACCCGCCCCUCUCUUUCCCAGCCACCAUGACGUCCCCCGCCUCCCUCCGGCCCCUGCUCACCCUCCUCAUCCUGCUCACCCUCAUCUUCGGUCGUGCAGUCCCCCUGGAAAUCCUGGAGGUGAGGGUGCCGGAGUACAAAGUAAAAGGGUCCAGAGCAGAGCUAAAGUGUAUUUACUCCCUCGGCAACGCCACGCUGUACAGCCUCAAGUGGUACAAGGGGGAUAAGCAGUUCUUCCAGUACAUCCCCGCCAACUCAAUCACCAAGAACACCUUCUACGUCAAGGGAGUCAACGUUGAUGUUGAGCGAAGCAGCGAGGCGACGGUAGUGCUGCGGGACGUUGAGCUGGGCACCUCUGGGACAUACAGGUGCGAAGUCAUCACGGAGGCGCCAGUUUUCCACACCAAGUUCGGCGAGGGAAACAUGACAGUCAUAGACCUGCCGGAGAGCGCCCCUGUGCUGGACGGCGCCAAGACCAGUUACCAGCUGGGAGAGCAGGUCACCGUCAACUGCACGUCCCUCUACUCCAAGCCCGCGGCCACGCUUGAAUGGUUCAUUAAUGACGAGCUUGUGCUCCAGUCGCACUACCUCAAGCGGUACCCACCCAAGCGUGAACCGGACGGGCUGGAGACGGCUGUGUUGGGUCUUAGCUUCGUCACGUCCCGCAGUCACUUCCCACACGGCGAGAUGCGGCUCAAAUGCGUCGCCAAGAUCGCCACCGUGUACUUCCAGUCGCAGGAGACUUCUGUGAUCGAGACUGGGUUCCUGCCGCAGACACAAGCCGAGGAGAGACGCCACUAUUUCUUCAGCAGCGGCGCCAGGGUGGGAGGGGAGAGCACACCCUGCCUGCUGAUGCUGCUGCUGCUGCUACUUGUGGCGGGCGUGGCCGUACCCGCUCCACUCCACCACUAGACUACUCCUGCUCCUGCUCAUGCCAUCUCCCCGCCGCCAUCGCCGCCUCCACGCCUAAAUACAAAGCCCAGAAAAAGACUUGCUGGCCGGGCUUCGGGGGAACCUUCUGAUUGUUUUAUAUAUACAUUAACGUCUAUAUAUGUAAAUUAAUGUCUGUGUAUAUACUACAUUACUACACUUGUAUAAACAUUCCAUGUAGACACAAUGGAGUAGCAGCAGCAGCAGCAGCAGCAGCAGCAGCAGCAGCAGCAGCAGAAUCAGCAGCAGCAGCAGCAGCAGCAGCAGCAGCAGCAGCAAGAGCACCAGCGGGGACGUCCAGUAACAGAAGCUCUACAUAUCCUAGUCAUGAGCGUCCACGCCGUCCCUUCGUCACCGCCACACGUCUCGCCUCAGAAAGAAAGGCGAGAAAAAUACCAGAAAAUAACCCUGACCCUGAGGACUUAAUUUCACUCUCAGGAGGCGUCAGGGUGGAGCCCGCGUCCCACGGGUCCUCUUCCCUCUGUCACCUCUAUUAAGUUCCCCCGCCAGCUAGCGAGUGUUUAGAUAACGAACAAUGGUGGUGGUGAUCUGACCUAUAUUGACACGCCCGCCCUGGCCUCAAGAGCGAAAGUUUAAAUAAAAGAACUAAUAAUAGAAAGGAAAAAAGUGGGAAAAAAGUGAAUUUAUUAAACGCUGGCAAAAUGAUUGGAGAGACGGAAAUAUUAGGAACGAAGUAAAUGAAAAGAAACAAAUAGAUGAGUGAAUUAUGAGCAAAAUGAAAAAAAGAAUAGGACUGAAAAAAAAGUGCAACAUGAAAGAAACGGAGGAGAAAACAAUUUAAGUGUAAAAUCAAAGCAAACAGAACUGAAAACAUGAAGGUAAACGAAAGAAAAGACAAAAUGAAAAAAAAAAAGAAUGAAAGAGGACAAAGAAGAGAAACAAAGUAAUUGCACGUGUGUGUGUGUGUGUGUGUGUGUGUGUGUGUGUGUGUGUGUGUGUGUGUGUGUGUGUGUGUGUGUGUGUGUGUGUGUGUGUACAUGCGUGUGCGUGUGCGUGCGUGUGUAAAGUAGUAGUUUUCAAAGUAUAUCUAAGUUUAUUUUUCCCCUCUAUCUCACAGUCUCUGUUUCGGAAGUGACGAUGAAGAGACGAGGUGAGCGAGGCAGCGAGGAAUGAGUGAGGUGUUGAUGAUCAGUGCUCGGUUAAGUCUCGCUCAGCAGUCCAUGAAAGAGUCCGAAACGCGUCUCUUAUUUGUUCAUUCUCUCCAAUACUGCGAGUGUUUUCCCUGGAGAGACCAUAACAGUGCAAUGAUUGAAACAACAGAGGACGACGACGAGAACGCGGACGAGGGCGAAGAGGUCAAGGCAGAGGACGAGGACAAGGUGGAUAAGUGCGUACAUAGCUAAGAAGUUUCAUGACAAAAGAAAAAAUUAAGGAAGGUGAGCUUUGUGCAUAACUACAAUAUUCCAUGAAAGAGAGAAAAAAAAUGUGGAAGUGUGAGAAAGUAACAGAGUUUUCAGUGGCAAGAUGGGAAGGAAGAGGAAGCAGGAGGAGGAGGAGUCCAUGGUGAGUUAAUGAGUCAGGUGGAAAGUGGAAAGACUGAAAGAAAAAAAGAGUGAGAGAGAGAGAAAGAGAGACGCCUCCAACCCUCAGCCCCAAACAGGAGGGCGACGAAAGAGGAAAGGCGAGUUAAGGAGACACAAAGGGAACAUCGUCUGCAUUCCACGAGCAACACCUAAUGCUGAUAACUUUUGGUGUAAAAGUUUAAUGCUCACCCUUUUUUUGUGUGGACAACGUGGGGUAGACGAGUUUGGGGAGGGGGGCACGGACGGAGAAAGAGAGGGAAUGAGGAACAGGGAAGGAAGUGAAAGAGAGCGAGACAAGACUAAGAGGUGAAACAGAAAAGUAGGAGGCGGAAUAGGAGGCACAGUAAAAGAGUGAAGGAGGAGAAUGAGGAGAGCGAGAGGAAGGUAAGAGGUGCUCAAGGACAGCAGGAGGUGGAUGGAAUACGUGAAAAUUAAUGUGCUCGUUUGGGUAACCUGUUGACGACACGAGUCUCAUUACCAGAGCCUGGGAGGUCCUGUUACGACCUCUGUACCCCGUGGUACAGAUAACACCUGACAUUCUCCUACUCUACUCUACUCUACUACCAAGUGUGACUUAAUGAAAAACUAUGAACUCCGGAGGAACAGAAGACAACAGUAAGCCAUCCACUUGUUUGACCUAAAAGCUCAUUACCUCGAUGAACGGAAGGAACACAUGGAGUUAUGCUGUCAGUGAAUCUCAAAACUGUGUGUGCAUCUGAGGACACGAAAUUUGCUCCUACGAAUCAAGUGAAAUUGAAAAUUUACAUGUAACUUGAUUAAUAAAUGGCAUACAGAAAUGAUUCCAAAGAAAAUAAUAUUCGACAUGAAAAAAAAUAAAUAAUUAUAUAUGUGUUAGAGGUAAAAUGAGAGAGAGAGAGAGAGAGAGAGAGAGAGAGAGAGAGAGAGAGAGAGAGAGAGAGAGAGAGAGAGAGAGAGAGAGAGAGAGAGAGAGAGAGAGAGAGAGAGAUAGUGUGUGUGUUUGUGUGUGUGUGUGUGUGUGUGUGUGUGUGUGUGUGUGUGUGUGUGUGUGUGUGUGUGUGUGUGUGUGUGUGUGUGUGUGUGUGUGUGUGUGUGUGUGUGUGUGUGUGUGUGUGUGUGUGUAUACUCAAGGGUGGCUUUCAAGUUUGAACAUACAAAUCCAAAUCCUGAAGGAAAGUGUGUACCUAUAACUGUAAACACGAAAGUGGAUCAAGCAAACAGUGAUGAAAAAUGAUGAUGAUGAUGAUGAUGAUGAUGAUGAUGAUGAUGAUGAUGAUGAUGAUGAUGAUGAUGAUGAUGAUGACAAUGACGAAUGACUAUGGAAGCAAGCGAGAUCAUUACUAGGAAAUAAAGAAGGGGAAAAACAACAAUACUGCAACAUAAUGCGGUAGAGACCUUGUGUGAAUGAGAGACUUCGUGGGCCCAACACACGUCUUCUUCCACCCACACACCACAAGCUCUCCACAACAGGGACUUAGAUGAACAACUGGAACAAAUGGAGUGGAGCGUGUGAACCUUAACAACUGAUUCUUACGUCCAUCAGUCAGUGUGCCAGAGAGAGAGAGAGAGAGAGAGAGAGAGAGAGAGAGAGAGAGAGAGAGAGAGAGAGAGAGAGAGAGAGAGAGAGAGAGAGAGAGAGAGAGAGAGAGAGAGAGAGA